AUGAAUACCGAUCAGCAGCUUCAUGAAAGCAAUGUCACAAGUAGUAGUUUGGAAGAAACAGCACGCGAUGCACGAGCACAGCAACUUCAGUCAUCUCGUCUCCGAAUUGCACUCUUCAAGAAUCUCCAGGUCGAGUCGAGCGAGGAGCGUCAAGCAGCGUUGGAGAAGAUUAUCCAGGUGGUCAAAUCGUAUGUACGAGUAGUCGUUCGGUCACCUUUUUCAACUACAUCUUCUGAAGUACCCACAACACCUACCACACAACAACAGCAACAGCAACAACACCAUCAUCAUCAUCAUGUAUCAUCAUCAUCGCCACCAUCAUCACCGCAUCAUCAUCAUCAUCAUUGCAACAACUUUAACGACACCUCCGAUUCUGAAACAGAUCAUGCAAGCAUAACGCAUGAUUUGUCAUAUGACCCCAGUAGUGACAAUGAGGAAUCCAAUCUUCGCUACUAUCUACUCACCAUGCUACGGCUCGCUUAUACGUGUCCCUUUUCUGAUGUUCGGCAAGCCUUUAAGGAGUUUCUACAAAUGACCAAUGAUUCGCGUUUAUCAGCCCCACAGCCGAGUCAGUUGUCCCCUUCCAUUUUCAUCUCUUUGAAUGAUAUUUUCUCUCUCGAGUCAUCCUCGGCUUUACCACCCACGUCUACUUUUUACCCAAGACCAGAACAUUACUCCAUAUCGCCAUGGUCCCAAGAAAUUGAUACCAGCAGCAGUGGAGAUGAUGCUUCAACAAGUGGUGUGACGAGUGCAACGAUCCCACAACAACAACAACCCAAAGAUUUGGAGACGGGUGGAAAACGAUCAGAUGAAUACGUACGUCAAAUGAUGACCAAGACCUUUAUGGAAGAAGGACGACUUGCCAAUGUAUUUCGAGUCAUGGCAUUCUUUCCCACCUUUUAUGAAAUCUACAGCAAUGCCUAUUCCAAAAUUGUCAAAUCAUCCCUUGGCCCUCUGAGUCGAUCAUGGAAAUGUUACUUGGCUAUCCUUGCAUCAGCACAUCAUGAAUGUCAGUAUCUUGUAUCAAUGAUGCGACUCGAGUAUUUGCAAAAUGGGGGCGAUCCAGCAUGGCUUCAAGGGAUUGAAUACGCACCACCCAAGCUACAACACAUUGCGAGGUUGAUACUAAAAAUGUCACGACAAUCAUGGCAGCUGACGUGUGAAGACAUGACAUGUCUCAUGAGUCGACCUGGGGCACAAGUAUCCGAUGUAUGGAGCAAGGGCGAACUUGUACAGGGCAUGGUUGUCAUUUCCACCUUUCUUGGAUUGAGCAGUUUUGUCUUGGGUUGUGGCAUUGCACCUGAAUUGGAUAUGCGAGGAGGAUACUAUUAUCAUCAAGAGGAUCCAAGCUCAGCAGCAAAUCAUUCGGGUGUCGAGUAUGAAUUGGAUGAACGAUCUCCAUGGUCACCAGGUGGGAAGAUUCAAGCUGAUAUGGCCCGUGCGGCUGCUUCCAUGGCAACCGGUUGGUACGACAGCAACAUUUUACUCAGUGAUCCCAAUGACGAUCCAUUUUCUUCUUCCGACAAUGGCUAUGGCUUGGGCGUAUCCGUGGACAAUCAAGAAGAUGAUGAGGAUGAGGAAGAAGAGGAAGAAGAGGAAGAUGAUCAACACAUGUACAAUACACAAACCGAAGAAUUGGUCUCCAAACUCAAAUCGGCCAAUGGAUCAUCGUUAAAAAGCGAGUUGUUGGAGAGCUUGGAAAAAUUACGACUGGGUCAUGAUGAACAAGAGCAGCUGGCUGCUAAACAUGACACAACAACACCCCAUGAUGUGGAUAAUAAUAAUACUGCUGGUCACAAGCAAACCAUGAAUGCAGUGCAUGAAGAUUUGACAAGAUUUAUUGAUCCAAAAGAGAGGAUACAUUGCAAGGAGGUGGAAGAAGAAGAGGUGGACAAGUCAUCAGAAGAAGAAUACUAUGUCAACGAAGUCAUGUCGGGAGAUUAUGGCUGGGAAGACUUUGGAUGUGACCUUGUGAACCAAUUCCUGCCAGGCUUAGGAGAUGAGCUUGACGAUGAAUUUAAUGAAGCUCUCAGCAUCACUGAUUGGAGUAUCUUUCAUCAUACAUCCGAUUCCAACAUUGAUACCUCUCCACUUCGUCGAGCCAUUUGGUAUGAGGCGCAGCGUGUGCUUGGGAUGACCAAGGAUGAUUACAAUUAUGAAGACAUCACCACGUAUCUCGAUGAACGCAACAAGCAGUAUAUCCGCAAACUAUGUCUAUGCCCAUCCUCCACGCGAUUGAGUGACUGGAACAAUAUUGGGCUUGCUUUACGACCGGAAGAAAAGUGUCAUGUCAAUUUACUUGUGGCGUCAGCGAAAAAGCAGGCAUUGCUUAGUUACGGUUUAGCGGUGGUAACUCAAGUGUAG